AUGUGGAGCGCGGGUGACUACGGCGAUCAGACACCAAUGCAGCGCAGGCCCAGCAUGGGAGCUGACUAUGGAGGCGACUCUACUGCGCCACGAACCGCCCAGCGAACCACCAUGCCGUCGUACCUCUUUCCUUCCACCCCGUACCAUCCUGCGGCUCGCGGUCUCGCUGGCCAGGACCGCACGCGCAGCCGUGACGCAGGGCUCGAUGAGGUGUACACGCCUAUCGCCACUCCAGCUCGCGGUGGUGGCCGCUACGGUGACAUGGCAGGAUCCACGCCUGGCUUUGGCCAAACACCCACAGCUGCCGGAUAUACACCCUUCCGCCGGCCGCAGAUGGCCGAGGAGCGGUCCAUGCCCGGUAUCGCCACGUCGUCUGCAGAAGGAGUCCCUGGAGAAGAGCAGCCGCCUACCCGCAGUCUGUACGACGAGCUGGAGGAAGAGGAGAGUGUGCCCUCGAGGACCAUGGAGCCGAUGUACAUGGGGUAUGCGUUCGCCAUCGCCUUUGUGAACCACGGGUCUCGACUAACUCGCAUCUCAUCCGCAUCCAGAUCGCCUGGCGAGGAGUUGGACAUCGAGAGCGGAACAUGGGUGACCGUGUUCGGCUUCCCGCCGUCACAAGCUUCGCAUGUGCUCAAGCUUUUCCAAGAGAUCGGUGAGGUUACAAGGACACAGGCCCGACAAGCGCUCUCCAGGAACGGCAAGACGUUUGGUGGCAACCUGAUGGUGGGCGUAACGGAGUGCACAGACGCCGCGGCGCAAGCCACGGGCUCCUCGCUCGCCGAGUUCCCUCGCCCGCUCAACGCACCAGUCCAGCCCAAGCCCGGCUCGCACCAGAUCGACCUCUACGGCCCGAAGGUGCCCAAGCGGAGCGACUCGACGUGGUCCAAGAUCAUGGAGUAUGUCAUUGGCGCCUAG